AUGGCUGGUCCAAGUACGUAUGCUGCUGCCGUAUCAGCCACGAGCCGCCCCGAUGUCAACUCGGUCAGUCAACCACCGGUCGCGCUUCCUCUUACGUCACCUCUACCAACGCAAGGUCGCAACGGCCGUGUCCCCAUCAACCUGGCGAAGCAGCGGCUCGACCUCCAGAUACGCCUCCCUACACCUGGAGAACUGCAGGCAUACAAGAACCGCAAGGAUAUCCACGGCCUUUGUAUUGACUUCCACUUACGUGGACAUUGCAUCACGGAGGAUUGCAAGCUACUGCACGGUACGUCUUUGGCUUGGGAAGUCUACUGUGUUCUACAGUACAGAGCACUCGGUAUGCCAUGUCCCAAGGGAAGCGGAUGCCGCAGUCUGAACUGCGUCAACGCGCAUGUCUGUCAGAAGGAGGAGUGCAUCCAAGCGGGCGAGAGGGCCAACCUAUGUGGGUUGACUAAUGCUAUGCACAGGGUGGAUCUGUACGUCGCCGAAUGGGUUGUAGCAGAUGAUGUCGUGGUGCAGAGUAGCACACCGGUCAAGGGCAACGUGGUUCCUGUCGCUGAAGCUCAGGUCAACAGUGGUGGUGCAGCAUCGUUCAUAGAGGAUCUCAUCUCGCUAUGA